CUCAUUAUUAAGUAUUCAGCUGGCCCGCUGCCGGUCUCCUUGCGCUGCACACACCGGUGUCGUCUUCGCUUCGCGUGCGUUCUCUGAUGGCGACGCCGCGCUCUGCGCCAGCUAGCUGUCUGCUCCUCCUGCUCCUCCUCGCCGUCGGCUCCCUCGCCGUGUCGCGGGGCGAUGACUGCUGCGGGUACAACGUCGUGUCGGUGGCCGGGUCGGGGAGCGCGCUGUCGGCGCGGCUGGAGCUCGCCGGCGAGACGCCGGCGCUCGCGGAGCUCGGGCCAGACGUGCAGAGGCUCUCCCUCACUGCAAGCCUGGAGACGGACACCAGGCUGCGCGUUCGCAUCACCGACGCCGACCACCCACGAUGGGAGGUGCCACAGGACAUCAUCCCGCGCCCCGCACCGGAGGAAGUCUACCUCAACAUGCCGCUCCCGGGCAACGGCGACUCCUCCUCGCCGCCGCGCACCCGCGUCCUGUCCACCGCGGGCUCCGACCUCGUCUUCACCAUCCACGCCUCCCCGUUCCGCUUCACCGUCUCCCACCGCUCCACCGGCGACGUGCUCUUCGACACCUCCCCGACCCUCGUCUUCAAGGACCGGUACCUGGAGCUCACCUCAGCGCUGCCGGCGGGCCGCGCCUCGUUGUACGGCCUCGGCGAGCAGACGAAGCGCAGCUUCCGGCUGCGGCACAACGACACCUUCACGCUCUGGACCGCCGACAUCGCCGCCUCCAACGUCGACCCCAACCUCUACGGCUCGCACCCCUUCUACAUGGACGUGCGCCCCCCGGGAGCCGCGCACGGCGUGCUCCUCCUCAACAGCAACGGGAUGGACGUCCUCUACGGCGGGUCCAGCGUCACCUACAAGGUCAUCGGCGGCGUCCUCGACUUCUACUUCUUCGCCGGCCCGUCCCCGCUCGCCGUCGUCGACCAGUACACACAGCUCGUCGGCCGCCCUGCGCCCAUGCCGUACUGGUCGUUUGGGUUCCACCAGUGCAGGUACGGCUAUCUGAAUGUGGAUGACCUCAAGGGCGUGGUGGCCGGCUACGCCAAGGCCAAGAUCCCGCUGGAGGUCAUGUGGACGGACAUCGACUACAUGAACAAGUUCCAGGACUUCACCCUCAAUCCGGCCAACUUCAGCUUCGCCGAGCUCCGCCCGUUCGUCGACAAACUCCACCAGAACGGACAGAAAUACGUCCUCAUCCUAGACCCAGGGGUCAGCAUCGACCCGACGUACGGGACGUUCAUCCGUGGGUUGCAACAGGACAUCUUCCUGAAGCGGAACGGCACAAACUUCCUCGGCAACGUGUGGCCGGGCGACGUCUACUUCCCGGACUUCAUGAACCCGCGCGCCGCCGAGUUCUGGGCUAACGAGAUCUCCCUGUUCCGGCGCACCAUCCCCGUCGACGGGCUGUGGAUCGACAUGAACGAGAUCUCCAACUUCUACGAUCCGGUCCCGCUCAACGCGCUCGACGACCCGCCGUACCGGAUCAACAACAGCGGCGUGCACCGCCCCAUCAACAACAAGACCACGCCGGCAUCCGCCGUGCACUACGGCGGCGUCUCCGAGUACGACGCGCACAACCUCUUCGGCCUCCUCGAGUCUCGCGCCACCAACCACGCGCUGCUCCGGGACACCGGCCGCCGCCCGUUCGUGCUCAGCAGGUCCACGUUCGUCGGCUCCGGCCGGUACACCGCGCACUGGACUGGAGAUAAUGCCGCCAGCUGGACCGACCUCCGCUACUCCAUCAACACCAUGCUCAGCUUCGGCCUCUUCGGCGUGCCCAUGAUCGGCGCCGACAUCUGCGGCUUCGGCGGCGACACCACCGAGGAGCUCUGCGGGCGGUGGAUCCAGCUCGGCGCCUUCUACCCGUUCGCCAGGGACCACUCGGCGAUCGGCACCGUCCGGCGAGAGCCGUACCUGUGGGCGUCGGUGGCGGCGUCAGCGAGGAAGUCGCUCGGCCUCCGGUACCGGCUGCUCCCGUACAUGUACACGCUCAUGCACGAGGCGCACACCACGGGGGCGCCCAUCGCGCGCCCGCUCUUCUUCUCCUACCCGGAGGACGUCGCCACGUACGGCGUGGACAGGCAGUUCCUGCUCGGCCGCGGCGUCCUCGUGUCGCCGGUGCUCGAGCAGGGCGCCACCACCGUCGACGCAUACUUCCCCGCCGGCCGGUGGUUCUGCAUCUACAACCACUCGCUCGCCGUCGACACGCGCUCCGGCGAGCGCGUGACGCUCCCUGCUCUGCCGGACUCGCCGUACGUGCACGUUGCCGGCGGCAGCAUCCUCCCGCUGCAGCAGAGCGCGAUGACGACGGCCCAGGCUCGCCGGACGCCGUUCCACCUCCUGGUCGCGCUCGCGGAGGACGGCACGGCCGCCGGGGACCUGUUCCUGGACGACGGCGAGUCGCCGGAGAUGGGCGGGGCGAGAAGCGAGUUCAGCCUGGUGAAGUUCAGCUGCGCGACGUGGAGCGACGGCAAGAUCAGGUUGAGGUCGCAGGUGGUGCACAACUCGUACGCGCCGAGCCGGACCCUGGUGAUCAGCAAGGUGGUGAUCAUGGGGCUCCAGUCAACAGAGCCGGCCAGAAACUUCGCCGUCUAUGUCAACGGCGCGGCGGUGCAGUUCAAUAGGGCAGUCAGCACCAGUUACAGGAGCAGAGGAGGGCUCGGCGCCGCCCACGUCGGCGGGCUGUCUCUCGUCGUCGGAGAGGAAUUUGAGCUGAAGGUCGCCAUGUCCUAUUAAGCUUUAGACAGUUUGAGCAUUGGUGUAUAAGAUUGGAUUGAAUAAAGACGAGAAAUUGAGGCCCAAAUAUAUGGCACGAUCAAGGCAUCAAAAAAAAAAAUCGAAGUUUAUCAAGGCAUCAAUUAGUUGAUCGUUCUAGCAAUUUAGUUCAUUAACUGUCAUAUGUGAAGCAAUUCUUGUACUAUCACAAAUGUUCAGUGUGCACAGAAGGUAAACAUUUUUCACCUUGAGAUGAGUCAGACGCUGCUGUCAUUCUUGAAAAAUGAAAAUUCAUCAUGAGCACUCA